CUAAUGGCUCUACCAAUGAACCCCAUGGACGAGCCUCGGGUGUACCAACAGACGCUCCUCCAAGAUGGCCUGUACGACCUUUUGGAGAAUGACAAGCUGGUGGACUGCGUCUUGAAAAUCAAGGACAAGGAGUUUCCGUGUCAUCGCUUGGUCCUGUGUGCCUGCAGCUCCUACUUUCGCACACUCUUUCUGUCUGAUGUGGACGAGAGCAAAAAACGUGAGGUGGUUCUGGAGGACGUAGAGCCAGGAGUCAUGGGGCUGAUCCUCAAGUACUUGUACACUUCCAGGAUCAACGUGACGGAGCAGAACGUCCAGGACAUCUUCGCCGUGGCCAACAUAUACCAGAUCCCGUCUAUUUUCACAGUGUGUGUAUCCUUCCUCCAGAAACGUUUGAGUCUCAGCAAUUGCCUGGCAGUCUUCAGGCUUGGCUUGAUGCUGGACUGUCCCAGGUUGGCUGUCUCGGCGCGGAACUUUGCCUGCGAGCGCUUCCGCCUCAUCUCAAGGGACGAGGACUUCCUUCAGCUGCAGCCCAGCGAGCUGGCGGCCAUCCUGGCCCACGAUAACCUGGACGUAGAUUCAGAGGAGCUCGUGUUUGAGGCGUUGAUGAGAUGGGUGGCGCGAGACUUAGGGGAACGGGAAAAGGACCUGCCUGGAUUGCUGGACUGCGUUCGCUUACGCCUGCUAGGUGAGGAAUACUUAAAAGAAAAGGUAGAGAAGAACAAACUCAUCUCCAAUAAUCCAGAGUUGAAGAAGAAGCUCCAGUUGGUCAGGGAUGCUCAAGAUGGGAAAAUGCCUGAAGCGAAAGCUGCCCACAAGAAGAAGGAAGACGGCUCCGAGAACAAUGAGGAUGAGGAACAAGAGGAGACCCUUCUUCCGAGCAUCCUGAAUGACAACAUGCGCUUCGGAAUGUUCGUUCGUGAACUGAUUCUGAUGAUCAGCGACGCGGGGUCGGUGGCCUACGACCCAAAUGGGAAUGACUGCUUCAUGGCAUCAGUCUCAACACAGGUUCCAAAGAACCACGUCAGCCUGGUCACAAAAGAGAACCAGAUCUUUGUGGCUGGGGGCUUGUUCAUUGAUGAGCAGAACAAGGAGGAUCCGCUCUGCUCUUACUUUUUACAGUACGACCCCGUCAACGCUGACUGGCUAGGCAUGCCACCACUCCCUUCUCCACGCUUCCUGUUCGGGCUCGGGGAAGCCGAGAACUCCAUCUUUGUGAUGGGAGGGAAGGAAGUGAAGGACCAGGAGCACACGCUGGACUCAGUUCUGGUCUACGACAGACAAUCUUUCAAGUGGGGUGAGUCAGACCCGCUUCCCUACGCAGCCUACGGACACGCGACAGUUUCUUCCAACGAUGUGGUUUACGUCAUUGGAGGAAAAGGAGACGACAAGAACUGUUUGAGCAAGAUGUACGCGUACGACGCCAGGCGGUUCGAAUGGAAGGAGCUAGCGCCAAUGAAGACGGCUCGAUCGUUAUUUGGUGCAACUGUACACCAAAACAAAAUCUACGUAGCGGCUGGAGUCACAGAUACAGGUCUGACCGAUUCCGUAGAGGUGUACGACAUCGCCACCAACAAGUGGUCAGACUUUGAGCCGUUCCCUCAAGAACGCAGUUCCGUGAACUUGGUGUCUCUGGGGGGUUCGCUUUUCGCUGUGGGAGGUUUCGCCAUGAUGCCUUUAGAGGACAGUGAGGAGAUCAUUCCCAAAGAGAUGAACGACAUAUGGAGGUAUAACGAAACGGAGAAAAAGUGGAACGGGAUCCUCAGAGAGAUCCAGUACGCCUCGGGCGCCACUAUUCUGGCGGUCCGACUCAACACGCUGCGUCUCACCAAGAUGUAA